AUGUCGCCUAGGACCCAAGUUAGUAGGAGCUCGAAAAUACAAGGACCAUCGCCGAGGGAAGCUACUUUCCUGUCCACCCUCUCUCAAACAUCGGCUCCUCAGCUAGGUGGCCGAAGACAUUCGGUCGUUACGAUUGAAAGAGUGUCACCGACUUUGUUUGGCCGUAAUCGUCGCGAAUCAAUCGCCCGUUUUCCUUUUGGAGUCGUGACCAGAAUAUUGCCGAGUCGUCGAGACCCAGAGUCUAGAAUGUCCGCACCACCGAGCGGUAGAGGAAGUACGCACAAUCUUCAGUUGGACAUUAUGGACGACAUCGCAGACCUAAAAGCGAGGAAGGUGCGCUUAAGGAUGUACAGGACGUCGACGGAGCAAGUGUACGAAAUGCAGCCGCUGGAGGGUAACAGUUCUGUUCAACGUUACACUGAACAGCCGAAACAACGAUUCUUUGAAAUGCCUACUCUGUCGGUUUCGCCGACGUCUUCUCUCCGAAAGCGCGUCUCGGAACUGCCAAGAGCCGCGAGAACACCCGUUUUCGGUGCUGCGGGCAUGGUCUGCUCUAAUAGGGAUCUGAUAUCGAUCCUAAGCUCGGUAGGGUCUUCCGCGACGGAAAUGUCGAAGAAGCCGGAAGAUUUAGCAACGGCCAGUUCAAGUCUUAGGUUCGAUGAAUUGAAGGUAGUGAAGGCGAUGAAGAAAAUGUUCGGUAAAAAGUCCCCUAAUAGCGAGGUCGUAUGGGACAACACUAGUGGAACCAAAGUGGACGCUCAGGUAUUUGGUAGCGCAAUUGAGAAGAUAUUAACGGCGCAGAAGGGAAACGAUACGGAGAUACCGAGGGCUUCCGGGUCGAGCGGAAAGCCCUCGGUAUCUUCGAACAAACCAAUGUCAGGUGAAGUGACAAAUUUGUUUUGGAAUAGCAAGAACCAAAAGCAGACGGAAUUCAGCGAACCGUCUCUCUGUUCUUCCCUAAAGGACCUAUUCAAGAAGUAAUGGGGAAGAACAAAUACUAAUAAAUGUUAAGUGUCUCUAGUUUAAUUAACACUUCUUUAUCUAAGAAUUUCUUCCCUAAAAGACCUAUUCAUUAUGUAAUGUAGAAGCACAAAUACUAAUAAAUGCUAAGUUUCUCUCGUUUAA